UUUCGUGUUUUCAUUCUGUUUCUGCAAUACCAAAAACAUCUACACAACUUGACUUCUUCUCCUACUACAUUGCAUUCGCUGCAAUUGACUCUCUCAAUUCAAACCCAUUUCCAAAACUCAACUCUCUGUCUUAAAACCUCCCUAUUCUCCCUUCUUCUUCCCCUUCAGACAAGACUUUCCUCUGUUCCAUUACUCUGUUUUGCUCUGUUUCUGUUUAAGGAUUUGGUUUUGCUUCUUAGGACAUUAGAGAGAGUUUGUCUUAGGAAACAAAAUAUGGGUUUUGUCUUCUCAACGGUCAAGAUGGUUUCUGUUCUGGUUUUCAGUCUUGUGGCUUUGAAUUGCCUCGUUGGGUUUGGAUCAUAUGCACAACUGUUGCCGGAAGCCGAAGAAUUUGAUAGAAAUGAGAAGAAAGUUUAUGACUUCCGUUAAGUGUUUUUUCAUUGCACGAACAAUCUAAAUUCUUGGUGUAUCUACUUCUUUAACAUUUUCCUUUUGUUUGUAAUGGUUGGUUUUUUGAAAUUCUUUGUUUGGUUGCUUUGAAUCUCCAGGAAGAAAGUUUGAUUCUAAAAUCUUAACCAAUUCUUUUCUCUGUUCAAGUUGAUGAGCGUUUUAGAAUUCUCUUGCUUGAUCUUGAUAAGCUAAGUUUAACUUUGUUUGGUUGAUGAGAAACUGUGGGAAACGUCAAGAUACAAAAUUCCUGGGUCUACGUAAGUACGGUGCUUUGAAAACUAUUGAAAUGAAGGGUUCUUUUCUCAGCACAAGAAAGGAUUUCUUUUCUCAUUUUUUUUUUUCUAGGCAACCAAACAGGGGAUUAGCACAGUUACUUCUUUUAGAAAUUUAAAUUGCUUACUUCAAGGACAUUUUUUCUUUUUCUUUUUUUGCAUAAUAAGUAUCCUUGGAUCUUGAUUCCCCUUCUCAAUUCUUAUGCUAUUUUCACAAUUCCUGACUGCUUGUUGCAAUAUCACUUUCAUGGGUUUCAUUUUCUUAAUAAAUCAGUAAUUGUCAC